AGAAUACCUUCAUCUUCACCAUCAAAAGAUUUACCAAACAAUAAAAAACUUCACCAGUGAUCUAAAGGAAAAAAAACAUCGACUUUAAGAAUGAAGAUCGCUUCCUUCAAAAUGUUAUUAUUGGUUUCUCUACUUUUCGCCGUCGUCCAAAAUGGACUUAGCAUUCAAAAUAAUGAAAGUUUGCUCAACCAAAACUCGUGUAAGCUUAACGAACCAAGAUGCAGCGGUUGUGAAGGUGGUGGUAGUGGUGGUGAUUUUCCUGGACCACCACCUCCAUGUUGUAAGAAAGAUAGUGAUUGUACACCACAUUGCCCGGAGGGUGGUUAUUGUAGCAAGCACCAAUGCGAUUGUGUUUGUCAUGUGGUUAAAGUGAUGAAUAAUGAUGUUCGUUGCCAAGUAGAUACUGAUUGUAACAUGAAAUGUUCAAAUCAAGGGUAUUGCAAAUUGGCAUCCUAAAAAAAACUCGUUUGUAGACAUGCUUAAAAUAAACAUAUUAGAUUCAAUAUGAAUAAAUAAAAUUUUCGAAA